UUGGAGACUUUUCCGGAAAUCAUGGAGGAUAUGGAAUGCUUGAAGUGGCUUAAUUUAAGUGGAACGUGUAUAAAAGGGCUUCCAUCAUCAAUUGAGUUUCUAAAACAUCUCGCUUAUUUGCAGUUAGUGAAGUGUGAAAACUUGAGGAGUCUUCCGAGCAGCAUUUGUAGGUUGAAAUACCUUUCAAAACUUGAUCUCUCUGGUUGUUCAAACUUGGAGACUUUUCCGGAAAUCAUGGAGGAUAUGGAAUGCUUAAAGUGGCUUAAUUUAAGUGGAACGUGUAUAAAAGAGCUUCCAUCAUCAAUUGAGUUUCUAAAACAUCUCGUUCAUUUGCAUUUGAGCUAUUGCAAAAACUUGAGGAGUCUUCCGAGCAGCAUUUGUAGGUUGAAAUACCUUGAAAAACUUGAUCUCUCUAGUUGUUCAAACUUAGAGACUUUUCCGAAAAUCAUGGAGGAUAUGGAAUGCUUAAAUUCGAUUUAUUUAAGUAGAACGUGUAUAAAAGAGCUUCCAUCAUCAAUUGAGUUUCUAAAACAUCUCGUUGAUUUACAGUUAAUGAUGUGUAAAAACUUGAGGAGUCUUCCGAGCAGCAUUUGUAGGUUGAAAUACCUUACAAAUCUUAAUCUCUCUGGUUGUUCAAACUUGGAGACUUUUCCGGAAAUCAUGGAGGAUAUGAAAUGCUUAAAGUCGCUUGAUUUAAGUGGAACGUGUAUAAAAGAGCUUCCAUCACCAAUUGAGUUUCUAAAACAUCUUGCUUAUUUACGGUUAGUGAAGUGUGAAAACUUGAGGAGUCUUCCGAGCAGCAUUUGUAGGUUGAAAUACCUUACAAAACUUGAUCUCUUUGGUUGUUCAAACUUGGAGACUUUUCCGGAAAUCAUGGAGAAUAUGGAAUGCUUAAGGUGGCUUGAUUUAAGUGGAACGUGUAUAAAAGAGCUUCCAUCAUCAAUCAAGUUUCUAAAACAUCUCACUGAUUUGAAGUUAGUGAAGUGUGAAAACUUUAGGAGUCUUCCGAGCAACAUUCGUAGGUUGAAAUACCUUGAAACACUUAAUCUCUCUGGUUGUUCAAACUUGGAGACUUUUCCGGAAAUCAUGAAGGAUAGGAAAUGCUUAAAUUGGCUUGAUUUAAGUGGAACAUGUAUAAAAGAGUUUCCAUCAUCAAUUGAGUUUCUAAAACAUCUCGUUUUUUUGUGGUACUUGUGA